AUGUCGUCUGCCAGCGACUCGCCUCUCACAACUCCAAGUUUCGACUCGAACAUCUUUCGUGCCUCGAACACCCCUUCAGAAGAACCGUCGGAUGCGCGGUCAAGUUACUCUGAGAUAAUACCCAAGCUGGAGGAGACGGAGCUCCAUCUGGCUGAUGUCAAAGAGGAACACUCCCCGGAAGAAACACCCAUAUCACCCACUGAACCAGUUCGGAUAAGACGAGCUCGUGGGCGACCACGAAUUCAUCCACCUCGUUCGCCCACUACUCUCGCAAAACAGGCAAAGGCACGAUCGAAGACAGGAUGCACAACUUGCAGAAAGCGCAAGAAGAAGUGUGAUGAGACCAAGCCGUUCUGCAUGUCAUGUCAGAAAAACAAUAUCCACUGUGAGGGCUACAAGCCUGUCGAAAUAUGGAAGAGUGGCAAAGAGAGGGCAGCAGAGGGUAAGACGCUCUACCAACCACUAGCAAGCCAAGCUCACGAGGACGCAGCUCGAAAGCGCAGUAUCGACAGCAAAUUUGAACUUCCACCACUCAUGGAGGGUGUUGAGAACGAUCUCGAUCGCGACCUCCUGCAACAUUUCGUCAGUCGAGUCAGUGCAGUCCUGACCCUACAUGGGGACAAAUCCUCCAAUCCGUUCACAAAAAUCUUGUUGCCCAUGGCCCUUCAGCAUGAAGGUUUAAUGCACUCCGUCCUCUGUCUCUCCGCCUCCCACAUGUACUCCAUCAGCCCCUCGCAAAGAUACGAAGACAGGCAAGUCUUCCACAGAGGCAAGGCAUUGCAGCUGCUCAUGCAUGACAUGGAGCGUCAGAAGGCCGGUGACGGCGGGGUCAUGGUUUAUGAAGACUCGAAUGUCGCUCAAAUACUUCUGCACCUGCUACAUUCAAUAUGCGAUGGAAACACGUCUGGCGAAUAUAGGAUGCACAUGAUUGCUGCGAAACAGAUUGCAAUGACGCAGAAAAGCUCGAAUCCCGAGUUUCAGUCACUGUUCGACGAAUUCUUCUACUACCACUACAUUGCUAGCGGCAUCACAUCCCUGGACGAUACCGAAGUCCUCAUGAUGGAAGAUUUUAAUCUUCCCUUCAAGAUCAACCCAGAAACGGCAGGCCUCAUUGGAGUGUCGGACGGUCUUUUCGGAUUCAUCUCAAGGAUCAGCAACCUACGUCGAAGACUGCGCACUCGAAUUGAUGAGAAGCUCGAACCAGUAAUGGACUACGAAGCACUCCUUGCCACGCAAGCCAUCGAUGCCGGUCUGCGCAGUUGGAUUUGCCCACAACCCCCUGGAUCCCCACGCUACACCAUCUCCAUGCUGUACCGUCAGGCUACCUGGGUAUACCUUUUCCGGACAACAAAGCCAUCCCGUCCGCAUCCUUUUAUCAAAAGUGCUGUUGACGCCGGUAUCAGCUACAUUAAUGAGCUACCAGCCGAAGGCUGGGUGCAGAGCAACGUAUUGCUUCCACUUUUUUUGAUAGGAUGUGCGGCAUUUGAAGAGGAGCAACAAGUGGAGAUCACCCGAGCUUUCAACGGUCUGAUUGCUUGCACCGGUCUGGGCAAUAUCACGCAUGCCAAAGAAAUUGUUGAGGAGAUAUGGUCACUGAUGAAGGACUUCGACAUCAACACGCUGGUGAUCCGCGAGCAGUAUACUCAUUUAAUCGACUUCGGUUCGAUCCUUGGGUCGCCUUUUUGGGCAUAUUUUGGUCUAUUCAUCGCAAAUGGAGUUACGGGAUAUUUCGCAGCUUGUCAGGGAAUUGUUGGGCUCCUGGAUUAUUACGACCCAGAGCCAUUGCAUCAUCGCGCCUUGCUUUACAUGGAGCAAUGGGAGUCUUCACUGGGGUCUUACCGCGGUAUCACCGAAUUUUUUUCACGGCCUUGA